AUGCGUACCUUCGGUUUCCUCGCCGCCGCGGCCCUCGUGUCCCAGGCCACCGCCCACUACGUCUUCCCUACCCUGAUCGUCAACGGCGAACAGACCGAGCGCUACGAGUUCGUCCGUGAGGCCAAGAACUCCAACUCCCCCGUCGAGGAUGUCACCUCUGAGGGCAUCGUCUGCAACAAGGGCGGCAACGACGAUGACGUCCUGGCCAAGACCAAGACCAAGGCCGUCAAGGCCGGCGACGAGCUCGGCUUCAUCGUCGAGAACGACAUGGGCCACCCCGGCCCCCUCGCCGUCUACCUCUCCAAGGCUCCCGACUCCGUCUCCUCCUACAAGGGUGACGGUGACUGGUUCAAGAUCUACGAGCUGACCACCUCCGACAUCACCGACGCCGGUCUCCAGUGGGCCACGUACGUGAACAACGCCGGUAUCCACAACUUCACCUUCACCCUCCCCAAGGAGGUCCCUACCGGCGAGUACCUGCUCCGUGCUGAGCACGUCGGUCUCCACGGCGCCGGCUCCAAGGGUGGUGCCCAGUUCUACAUUGCUUGCGCUCAGAUCUCCGUCGAGGGUGCUGCCUCCGGUACCCCCGCUCCCACCGUCAAGUUCCCCGGUGCCUACACCGGCGAGGAGCCCGGUCUGCUGAUCAACAUCUACUACCCUGCCCCCAAGAACUACACCGCCCCCGGCCCCGUCACCUGGCCCAACUCUUGCGAGGACCACACCGCCAACCUCCUCGGCCAGACCUCCGACGGUGACUGCACUGGCAGCGACGGCGCCACCACCCCCGUCACCCCCGUCCCCUCUACUCCCGCUUCCGGCAACGGCACCGUCCCCGCUGAGCCCUCUGCCCAGCCCUCCCAGACCGCUUCCGCCGACAGCGACUGUGACAAGUCUGCUGCUCGCCGCCGUGCUCGCUCUAUGCACCGCCGCGCUGCCCGCCUUGCCCGCGCUGCCUACUAA